AUCGUGUCUUAGUGCUGCUCCGUGAUCAUGGGUGUAAGUGUCACGGGUUCGCUGCUUGGCUGUGCCGUCUUCACCAUCGCUGCCGUACGUGUGUUCACAGCUCACGUCUUUACGUCGUCCUGCGUCGGUAUUUUAUGGAGAGUAGUGGCAGGUCAUAUCGGGGUAACCAGCCUCGUUCUUGCCUACGUUACGUGGGACCUCAGCCGUACCUGGCCUAUCUCUACGGCCCUCUCUCUCGGCGACAUCGCCAAGUUUUACUUGGUCAGUAAAUUUCAAUGGUUCAUCACGAAAGGGAACUGGAAACGGAUGCAAUACACCGUCAGACACAUGCGGGAAACCCAGGAACGGUUUCUCAUGGCUAAGCUCAAUGAGAAUGCUGACACAGAGUACGGUAGGCGAUACAAGUUCGACCAGAUCAAAAGCAGAGAGGACUACGUGCGACUACUACCCCUGACCACCUAUGAAGACUACAAGGAUUACAUUGACCGAUAGCCGAUGGGCAAGAGAAUGUUCUAAAUGAAGGGACGGCCGCUAUACCUGACUCUGACAUCGGGCACGACAGCGCGUCUAAAUACAUACCGUCGCCUCUUCGGCAGCCUCCAAGUACUCUACUGUAAGUUCCUUCUCGUGGCGGGCAAGGCGGUGCGCGACCUGCUGUGCAAGACCCCGUCGCUUCAACGACACGUCGUCUUCUCCUACAAGACGACUUACACCUACUCACCCGCCGGCAUCCCCAUUAGUCAAGUUACGGACGUUCCGCUAAAGACCAAUUACCAAGAGUGGGCACGGGUGACCCUUACGACUCCUCCAUGCGCUCGAGACAUAUCCACGGACCAGGAGAUAAUCUACAUUCACCUUCUCUUCGCACUCCGUGAUCGCUAUCUAUACUCAAUCGACGCCGUGUUCGCCAGCACGGUCUACUACGCAUUCGUCUUGCUCGAGCAGCGCUGGAUGGAGCUGGUAGAGGACAUACGCCUCGGCAAGGUCAACCCGACCUUGAACAUCGAGAAGCAUGUGAGGCACGCAUUAAACGAGGAGCUGGAGCCGAUGCCAGAGCGCGCCACGGAGUUGGCCAACGAAUUCUACAAGGGCUUCGAUGCCAUCGUCUUGCGCAUCUGGCCGCACUGUCACGUGAUCAACGCAGCAACGGCCGGCUCGCUGGCCAUGUUCACGCGCUCGCUACGGAGCAAGUACUGCCGCUACAUUCCCGUAUUCUCUCCUGUGUUUGCCUCGACCGAAGUAUGCCUGGGCGUGAAUCUGUGGCCUCUGGAUGAAGUGCCGAACUUCUGUCUGACGCCGUCCUGCAGCUUUCACGAGUUCAUACCAGAGGCGAACGCCGACGAGGAUCAACCGAAAACACUGUUCUCUGACCAAGUAAAGGUCGGGCAGACGUACGAGGUAGUCGCCACCAGUCUGAACCCUCUCUACCGCUACAGGACGGGAGAUCUGGUUACCAUACGCAGAUUUUACGAGCAGGCACCCGUGUUUGAGUAUCGCACGAGGAAAGGGGCUCUAUUCAACAUUCGAGGUGAGAAAGUUACCGACGUAAUUCUGACCACUGCCAUUAAAAAUUGCUCGAAAAAACAUUGGAAUGACAAGAUGAUCAUCGAUUUCGUCUGCUGUGAUAGCCACCUAGUGGACAAUCUGGGAGGAGCUGAGUAUGCAACUACCGGAACGCUGCCCUGUUAUUACGUAUUCCUGAAUUCGCUGAUGGAAUGAUCCUCACUGACCAGGAAACCGCAAGUUUAACGACGAACUGAUGGCUGUAUGUCCCAUGUACUGUGACAAACAAGAGAAAGGUAGUAUGGCGCCAGCUAUCGUCAACGUCGUCACGGCCGGCACAUUCGAGUUGCUUCUCAAAAUGCGAAAAGCGGACAGACCGGGUGUCAGUCUAAGCCAAAUCAAGCUGCCGCGCCUCAUUCCCGAUGCGAGCGUUCUUCAGUUUCUUCUGCGUCGCCUAGCAACAAGCGACUGCAAUAACAACACCAAGACGAGCCGAUGUCGUUAACCAUACCCACUGAGGAGUAACGUUACGGCGGAAUAUUUGGCCCAAGGAUAGAGAACAUGGGUCCCAAUAAAACCAAUGUGCCUAAACCUAACCCUAAUCCUAACCCUAA